CGCACCAAUAGGAGCGCGCGGCGGCUCAACAGCUGCUCGUGACGUCGGCCGUUCAAACAGCGAGCGCGCGCGGGAGAGAUGGAGACGCGCGGUUCGGGAGCGGAGGAGGACGGUUUCACCGCACACGUGAAGGACAAGCGAAGCGGUGUCUGCGUGAGCCACGAGGAGCUGGGCUCACAACUCGAGCGCCUGGCGUCCUCGGGCUGUGUGGAGUUCCCGGACGUGUUCCACUCCCCGCACCUCUCCUAUUACGAGCGCUUCAAGGUUUACCAGGACUACAUACUAGGCGACUGCCGCCCGUCCGAGGUGCGGAGCUUCAUGGGCGAGUACCUGGAGGAGACUGUGGAGUCGUGCGGGUGGAGCGCCGUGUGGAGGACCGGAGCCUUCGACAUCCUCGUGGAGGUACAGGACGUCUACUUUGACGACCUCAAGGCGCUGGUGUCCCUGGCCGAGCCGUUGCUGAUUGAGUACUCCGCCCCGGCGGCGUCGGCGGCGUCGGCGGCGUCGGCGGCGUGCGGUUCCCCGUGCCGUGCCGGCACCCCGGAGGCCACGGCCGCCGCGCCGGCCCCCGCUCCCCCGCCGUGUCGCGGUGAGGCCGAGCAGAUCCUGGAGCGGUCUGGCGGGCGCGUGAACCUGCGCGAGCUCUGGGUGGUGUACGACGAUUCGGGCAGGCUGGAUCGCACGGCGCUCGCCAUCGAGCACGUCCGUUUCUUCCUGGGACACAUCUGGAGGGCGUGGGACGAAGAAGAUGAUGACGAUUACGAUUACUUUGUGAGAUGCGUCGAUCCAAGACUCAAACUGUAUUACGACGUGUUGGAGGGGCGCAUCCCGGCGGGGCUGGUGAGCGAGUACGCCCGCCUGCGCUCACACUUCGACGCCACCUACGCCGAGUUCAGCCGCCUGCGCGGCUCCAUCACGGAGGGGUCCGACGCCGAGGAGAUGGAGCAGGAUGGAGCCAAGGUGGCCCGCGGCGUGGAGCUCUACGAGAGUCUGGAGACCGCCAAGCGCAAGCUCCAGAUCAUGGAGAAUCCCGUGCUUCGCUUCGUGCUGGGAUACCAGGCGAGUGCGGGGGGAGUGGCGCGAGUGGCGCGCGGUCCCCGGCCCGACGGCGCCGCGGCGGCGCACGUGGUGGCGCGCUCCGUGUCGCUCGCCACACUCGGCGCGCUCACCCGCUCGCUCGCCGAGUCGCUUGGCGCCGGCACCGGCGGAGACGACGACCGGAUGAUACACUUCCACAGCAGCCUGCAGGGAGCGCUGGACGCGUGCUACGAGGGGGACCGCAUCGUCCUGUGCCCCGGCGUCUACUCCGAGGAAGGCUUCUGCAGCAUCGCGGAGUCGGUCAGCAUCGAGGGGUUCGGCGUCGCCGACGACGUGGUGAUCGAGAUGAGCGGGCGCGGCGACGUGUUCGUGGAGUGCAGCGCGCGGCACGUGACGAUCUCCAACGUCAAGUUCAUCCAGCACGGCGCCACCGAGGGCAUCCUGCGUGUGCUCCGUGGAGAGACGGAGCUGCACGAAUGCGUGCUGCAGUGCGAGACCUCCGGGGUCACGGUGAGGCCCAAAGCCCACCUGACCUUAAAGAACUGUGACCUCUACGGGGCAAAGGGAGCGGGAGUGGAGGUGUACCCAGGCAGCACCUGCACCCUCAUUGGCAAUGGAAUUCACCACUGCCGCGAGGGUGUGCUGAUCAUGGACUUCAUGGAGUCUCUCUAUGACAUGCCCAAGCUGUCCAUGAGGAACAACCUCAUCAGCAAAAACGACGGCCAUGGCGUCAGCCUCGUGAAACCAGAAGUCUUGAAGCCCGGGUGCCACGUGGAGAAGCACGGCCAAAUUUUGCUCAACAACGCAUCCGGCAACCUCGGACAGAGCCCGUCGCUUCCGUUUCACGAGGGCGAGGAGGAGGGGGGCGGCGAUGCCGGGCGGGCGACGACGACAGACUUGCUGGAGGCCGAGGAGGCGAUCGCCGUGGAGCUGAUGAACUCGUCGCAGACGAAGAGGGAGUGGAGGGAAAGCAUCGCCGCCGCCGCCAACUCUGAGCAGCCGAUGGAAACGCAGCAGGCGUGCGGGACAGGCGCGGCGACGGAGACGUCGGGCGACCUUCCCGCCGAGAUGUUCAUCUCCAUCGUGGGCAACUCGUUCCACCAGAACGGAAAGGGCAGUUUCGGAAUCCUCUACUACUGACCGACUCCUGCGCAGCACGGGGGGGGGCGGGGGGGGGGGGGCCGUCCGGCGUCAUCGCCCCCCACGCCCUGCCCCCAUCGGUCGACGCGGCCGCCACCGCCGCAGCACGUCGGAGGGACUCGGAGGAUCUCACAACCUCCAGAUCGGAGGACCUCACCGUGGCAUCAUUGAUGUUGGUGCCGCGACGACUCGCCCUUCCUUCCCUCCCCCCUGCCAGAUCCCGCGGCCGUUGCUCAGGUCGACACCCGACCCUCUUGCAAUCUCGCCACCACUACCAUCUGACGUUUGGGGGGCUUCUCCUUGAUUACACAGUCGGCACGUGCUUCGUGCGCUCCUCCUACAGUCUCCAUCAUCAUCGUCAUCGCCUCCGCCACCUUGGUCGCUGGCCGCCUGGGCGCCACUCCGGCGUCCGUCGUGGUCACCUGACCUCCGGCACCCCGCGCACGCGUCCCGCCUCAUCAGCAUCCACCUCAAAUUUCGAUUUAAAGCUUUUGUGACUGCAAGGAUUCAUCUUCUUUGGUUCUUUCGGUAAAGUCACGUAGAAU